AUGCCUCUCCAGAAAAUAUUUUGGAUGAGCAAGUGGAAAUUUAAAGUAACAUCAACAUCAAUCAGUGAUUGUGUCACCGUCUCCAAGUAUAAACUGAAUCGAAUCUUUUGGGAUAUUUGUAUGGCUAUCGUCAUUACUACUUGAGAAGUUGCCGUGAAGUUGAAUCCAGCAAUACAAAUGGUAGUAAAUGGUUGUGGUUUUGGUUGUCCAGGUAUGAUAAUGAAAAAGAUCAUAAUCUAUUAAUAAUGGAUUUAUUGGGUCCAUCUCAUGAACCAAUUCAGUUGUAAUGUCGAUUCACGGUGAACAUCUUUUUGAUGCUGGCUGAUCAAAUCACAGGAUAUGUGAAUUUUUUAACCGAAAAAUUCUAAUAUAUGUAGUCACCGUGAUCUGGUUUCACUUUGAUAAUCAUUACACAGAGGGCGGAUGUCUAUCUGUGGAGAAUCUGUAUAUGUUAAAUUCAUGCACAAUCGUUUCUUUUUGUUCAUCACUUUGUGCGAUCAGAAGGUGGAUGUGAUUUUGUUUUUAUUUUGCCGUUUAUUGUAUUCAUUUUGAAGUGCUUGCUUUCAAAAUAUGUCGCAUUUUAUCAUCCUUUGACCUUAGGUCCUGCCUGUCUCUAG